UGGAUCCUGACCUGGGGCGCGAUAGCUAGUUUUUUUUUCUUUUCCCUUUUUCCAAAAUUUCCCCUUCUCUUUCUUUUUUCCUCCCUUCUCGUGCGCUGCCAUUUGCUUGUCCUGGUAUUGCGAAUUUCCCAUCCUUUACUCUACUGCCCGCGAGAACUCAUAACCCAGAUCAGUUCGGUGCACAACCCUGAUCUAUCUUUUGUUCUUAUCGUGAUAUCCGGAGGACGCUUAUCGCCCAAAAUGUCGCAAAAGUUCUAUGUCACGUACAACCAGGUCCACAAGCUAUGUCAAUCUUCCGCUGACCAGAUCCUUACUGCAUUUCACCCAAACUUGAUGAUUGCCAUUGGUGGUGGUGGCUAUGUUCCUGCUCGCAUUCUCCGCUCGUUUCUCAAGCGCUCUGGCGAGCCGAACAUCCCGAUCCAGGCUAUCGGACUUUCACUUUAUGAGGAUCUAGGCCGCGGCGACCCCGAAGAGGUCCCCGGUACAAAGGUUACCCGGACACAAUGGUUGGAUAUGAGUUCUCUAGAAAUGGCCAAUCUGAUUGGAAAGAACAUUCUCAUUGUCGAUGAGGUCGAUGACACGCGGACGACUCUGGAAUAUGCUGUCCGUGAACUGCAGAAGGAUGUCGAGAUUGCGCAGAAGCAACUUGGACGGGAAGGCGAGAAGACGAACUUCUUCGUGUUCGUGCUACACAACAAGGACAAGUCGAAGAAGGGACAGCUGCCCACAGACAUGAUGGAGUCUGGCCGGUAUCAUGCCGCCGUCACAACUGGAGAUGUUUGGAUCUGCUAUCCCUGGGAGGCUAAGGAUAUUGAGGAGCACGACGCGCUGGCUAAGGCAAACCCUCUUGUUUAA